CAGAGCAUUGUCUGAUACAGCGCCAGAAGGGGAGAGGAUGGCGCAAAAGACCAGGCAGGUUAGUUCUGCUGUCCACAGGGCGCCAGCAGUUGGAAUCCAGUCAUCAGCAUUGACACAACAAUGAACAAACAUUUAAUUAACAUUUCCUUCUAGUUCUACACUAGGUGAUAAAAGAUAAUCUUAAUUUGAAAAUAUUUGCAAUAUUUUUAAUACCCUGUUUACACUCAUAUUUGGGGAUGCCUUGAAAAUAUAGUCAUUAUUUUACAGCCAUUAGUUUUAAACAAUUAGUUUAUCUCAGUCCCGAGUCUCUUUCCCGUUAAUUUGAGAAAGCCUUUGUUUUGAGUGAGCUCUUUAUGACCUGCCCUACAACGUAUGUACUUUGUUCUUUUUAUCAUCUCUUUCUACAUGUGGUUUUUUUUAACAGUCCUUUUUCGAGUCCUAUAAAGUAUCCUUAAUUUUUCUCUUUCCACUAGAAUUAGGUAGUGACCGUGUUUUCAGGAAACAUCAGAUCAAAAACAUUUGGUUUUUUAUUAUUUCAGCACAUUCCUUAAGUCGUACAUUCUUGCAGCUGUGGGCUGUGUUCCCCCCCUCUAAGUUUUUAUUAUGGAAAAUUUCAAACAUACACAAAAGUGUAGCAGUAAUAGUAUAAUGAACCCUCAUGUACUCAUUGUGUGAACUUUUCCCCCAAAAUUCCAUUUUAAGGAAGUUUUCUCUUGCCCUGGUUUGAUAAAAUGCUCCAAGGGGCAUUAUUGUUAGUCCAGGGUUGCUGCUUCUGUCCUGGAAGACAGGCUUCGAAGGAGGGCAGGGUCUGCCUUGCAGCUGAAAGGAAGGUGUCUGGUCAUCUUCACCUUCACAAAUAGAAGAGAAAUGGAGUCUGGGUUGUGAUUCUAAGAGUCUUUGAAGACUUUGGAAAUUGCAGUUUAGUCCAUAUUUUAGUUUAGAUUUGUUGUCAGUUCAUUACUGUUGUUGCCCUUCUGGUUGUCUUGUUUUCUCAACUCUUCAGCAAUAAACCCUGUGAAAUGAAGAGUUCGAAAGCAUCACAGCAGGAAUGUGCCGCUCUUCUCUCUGUUGCUUGGAAGGAGGGUCAACCCCCAGAACAGAGAGGGUGGUGGUACCAUCGGGGAUGCUGGGAAGCAGCCGGGCCUCUGACCCCUCUGCAGGGGAGGAAGGGGGCUCAGGGCCGAGGACUUGCGGGUCCUUCUGGAGACCCCCCGGUGGACCCUGGGCAUGGUGCUGAGAUGGCCACUCUCCCCUUGUCUCUGCUGUCCCUGCUCACCUCCGAAUGCUCUUCACCUGCACUUCGUUAGCUUCCUCCCAAAUGGCUUCCUUGGCUCCCUAGACCAGGUGGGGCCUCCCUCCUGUGGGGCUCCUCGCACCUUGUACACAUGGCUUUCCCUUUACAGCGCUUACUGCACUGUCUGAUCCGUUUCCUUGUCCGGGUUUCCUUUACUGGACUCUAAGCUCCUCAAGGGCAAGGACUGUUGGUUUAUCAUGUUUCCCCAGUGUCUCAUGCAGUUCUUGGCGUAGAAUCAACCCUCAGUUAAUAUUAGUUUGUAUGAAUGAAUGAGAACAACUGAAUCUGGAUACCUCUAAUCCUUUUGUUGUGAAGAUUGGAGGGAAUGAAUAUAAAACGUCCAGCAAGGAGCAUGGACUAAUAAGCAUUCAAUUCAUAGUAACUGUAGCAGUGGUCGUCAUGCUCCUGAGAGUAGGGGCAGAAUCUCGCUCAUGGCUGUACUCUCUUCAGAGUUCAGUAAUGACGCUUACUGCACGUGAUUGAAUUGAAUAUAGAGUAAAUAAGCCAGAUACAUGAUGAGUUAUUCUUCUGUGUCCAUGUUUUGAAGAAAACUAAUGGCUCUCUUGAGGAUGUGUUUAUUUUCCAUGGGGUAUAGAAAUUAUCUUUUUUCCAGGCACAAAUGCAUUUCCUAAUAGUAAUAAUUUAAAAAUUUUUAUUUUAUUGUGAUAAGAACAUUUGACAUGAGAUUUACCCUCUUAACAGAUUUUUUAAGUGCACAAUACAGUUAUACACUUGUUAUCAUAGGUCCCUCGUUGCCUGUAGGCACAAUGUUGUACAGCAGAUCUCCAGAACUUAUUCAUCUUGCAUAGCUGAAACUUUAUACCCACUGCAGCAUCUCACUUGCAUCAACAUUGUUGAAAGAAGAAGAAAAAAUGCCAGUGCUAUCUCCUGAAAUCAAAUUUGAGACUUCUAACGUCACCAGGAAUUCUCUUCACGGUUGUUUUCUUUUUGAGAGUAGUUGGAGGAAAGCAGUUUUAGAAACACAAAAGAUGAGGAAAGAAUACACCACAGCAUUUGGUCUAGAAGAGUUCAAAGAUUGUGUCAAAAUGCCAUAUUUACCAGGAUUGCAAAGUUGCCAAAAAAGUGUAAGUUCAACUCCACUAGAGGUUCAUAAAAGACUGCUGUGUGCCGAUCCUGAGAAGCCCCCAGUCAGCCGUUCCGGUGAGAACGCGUCGAGUUGCCUGCAAGUGUUUUAUUCUCCUCUGCCUAUUGCACAGCGCCCUGUGAAAGGACAGCCUUGGCAAAGCAGGAUAAAGAAGACGAAGGAAGCAUGCACUGUGGUACCACUUCAGGAGAAAUCAAAAAGGCUCUUAAGGCAUUCUAAUUCUUCUUCAAUCAAUUUUGAUUCUGGCUUCAGCGAUCCUCUCCCUGGAGCGUCAUCUCAGUACUUACAGAGGCUUUCCAAAAUGGCCAUAUUGGAGUAUGACACCAUCCGUCAAGAAACAGGCAGAAAAUCAAAAAAGGGCAAGAAACGCGAGCGAGACUGCUGACUAAUAUCAUACGCUGUGAUGCUUUCUUCGCUGACUUUUAAGGUUUAUAUAUUUUUUUCUUUUUUUCUUGAUAUGUGAUAUGAUGUGCAAUGAUUUACAUACAAAUGGAAAUGUAAAUAGGAAAUAAAUAUUUUAUGUUACAGAAUAAUUUGCAUUUUGUUAACAUUAUAAAGAGACAUUUAAGUUAUAGUUUACGAGGACAUAAGCAUAAGAAAAAUUAGAUUCCAUGAAUUUUAUGCACAUUGAUUAUAUUUUUUUAUUCAAUUUGAUAAAUGUUUUUUGAGUGCCUGUCUGUACCAUGAGCUUUGCUAGGAGCUGCAGAAGAUUCCAGAAAAAGUGAGUUCUUAUUGUUGGGGUUAGAAGGCGCCCUAACUUGAACCCCUCCUUCUCCCUGUUUGAGUUUGAAAACAGUCGUGAGAUAAGUAUUCAAGCAGAUGAGACUCUUAGCUUUGUUUACUGAUAAAACCUGGAAGGGAAGUCCUGGUUCAAUGUGUGGCAACUGUGGCCUCCUCAUCCUGAACUUUCCACUUGGGCAAAUGUACACGCCCAGGUAAUGCCAACAACCUCAGGCUCACCUGCCGAACCAAGACCUUUACUGCCAAGCAGAGCAAGGCAUCUCCACCGUGUAGACAGGCAGAUCCAGGAGGGGAAAGUAGGUGGGGAGAGACUCACUCCAUCUCUGUGGGGAGGAGAAGGAAGGUCUCAGUUAAGAGGAAAACCUUUCUUCAGGAAAGCCUGAGGGGUGGGGGAGAAGUAUUUGUCUAUACACGUCCCUGAGAAACGGGGAGAAUCAAGGAUACCAAUGGCUGUGAUCCAGUGGAGAGUGGGAUACGGGUCAUAGCAGAACCAGAGUGUUACAGAGGUUCAAAAACAGGGCAGCAACAUCCAGGGGGUCAGAGAAAGCCUCAUAGAAGAUGUAGUGUUUAAAAUGGGCUUUAAAGACAGGAAAGAUAGAGGGAGAGGGCAUUUCUUGAAACAUGGAAUAAUAUAAGCAAAGAUACACUAUGCAUUUGGGAAUGGUGCACUUGGCUGGAGUACUAGGGAGUAUAGUGCAAGAGUCAUAAAUUCACAGGCCUACAGGCACCAUGCCAGGACCAGAUUGAGUGACACGAAUCAGAUGAAGGUGAACUGGAGCAUGUGUCUCCAUUUAAAAGGGCACUCACUGCCUCCCUUCAGCCCUUUGUGUCAUGCAGGAAUGUGGGCCCAAAGGUGCCAAAUAUUCUAACUUUUCAUGAGAAGCCAGACUCUGGAUUUUUAUGUUAAACCUUCCAAUGUAUAAAUGGGAGCAAUUAAUUCAAAAUAAGUGAUUUAAAAUUUAUAAAGCCAGUGUGUAGGCCAAAGAAAAUUAUAUGCAAAAUCUAGAUCUGGCUUUGUGGAGCCAUUCUUUUGUGCAAACUCAGGGUCAAAGGAAUUGAGGGCAAUAGGGCUCAAAAGAUAAGUUGAUGAUAGCUGGUCGAGAAUCGCAGAUGCCAAGCAAGAGUUUGUACUUCCUCUGUUUCACAGUGGGAGAUUUUUGAGAAUGAAAUUAAAUUACUGCUUUUAGGAAGAUUCAUCCGGGUAUAAUUUGUAGGCUGGAUUGUAAUGGGAGGAGACUGGAGGUAGGGAAAGCACUUAGGAGGUUUUUAUAAAAAUUGAGAUAAGAAUCUCUCAGUGGAAAGAUAGAGACAGGCAUAGGAAGGAGAGACUAAAACAUGAGGCCAUCAAGGCAAAGGACUUAAGGUCAACUGCUUAGACAUAGGGUAUCGGGAGAGAAAGAAUCAAAACCGGCUCAUUUCCGCCUUUAGACAUAAGGUUCUCAGGGGGCGAUGCUAGGUUUGGGGAAUAAGAGGAUGAGUGCAAGCUCGGGUGUAUUCAAUUUUAGGUGCCAUCAGAACUGCCACAUAGAGAUGCCAAACAGGUAGUUGAAAAGUAGGUAGGUAGUUCCGGGAAAAUGACACUGCCUAGAGUUAGAACUUUGAGAAACAUUUUCAUAGCAAAUUCUCUGUUUUCUCCGAUAACAAAGUGGAGAGAGAAGGAAGCCCAAAUUUAUAAGGAAUGGGAGGAAAUAGGAAGAAGACAAAAAUAGGAGAAAGAAGAAAAGAAACCAUCACAGAUGUAAGAGAAUAAACAUAUUCUCUGUCCUUGCAUGCUUUAUAUUAAUGUAUAGAAUGCAAUGUUAAUAUGUGUUUGUAUGAAUUAUCAUGAUGCAUUAGUUCCUAGGGGGAUAAAUAAACUUAAAUGGAUAUGUUUGUGCUUA